AUGCCUGUUUCAUCGGCACAGGUGACCUUUGGCACCGAUACGACACGUCGUCGAAGAUCCUCCUGGGUUUCAGCUGAUGUCGCUCGAUCUGCCCUCCGCCAGACGGACCAGCCGAGCAACGCCGCUUGCUUCGUCCAUUCACUGCUCGGGAAACCCAAGGAACUUCAUCUCCAACCGCUGAAAGAGAAUAAUAUACACGAAGCCCUACCGGACGCCAUCGACCAUGACGAUGCUGUUCUGGAGUCGAGGCUGCUCACGAAAAAGCAACUGUCUGACAUGGCUUGGAAUGUGAGGACGCUGUCGAAGAAGCUGGGAAAUAUCAGAUUGAAGCUCAAUGUCCACAGCGUUUUCCUCCUCACAAAGCCGCAGGACGAUUGCUUGGUGCGCCUAACAAGAGAUGUCGCUCGGUGGCUUCUUUCGAAAGAUCGAAAUGUAAAAUAUGUCGUUUACAUUGAGAAACGAUUGAAAAAUGAACCGGACUUUGACGAAGCCAAUAUAUUUGCUGAGGAACCAUCCGCAAACGGGAGGCUGGAAUAUUGGGACACGGAUCUUAUCCGUGAAAACCCCCAGUUGAUUGAUUUUAUUAUCACCCUUGGGGGUGAUGGAACCGUUCUCUACGCAAGUUGGUUAUUCCAGCAUAUUGUUCCACCUGUCCUUUCCUUUUCAUUAGGAUCACUGGGAUUUCUUACCAAGUUCGACUUUGGAACUUAUAAGGAUACCCUGAGAAAGUCAUUUGAAGAGGGUGUCACUCUGAGUCUUCGGCUACGGUUCGAAUGUACGGUGAUGCGAAGUAAAAGUAAUUACUCAGCAAACUCCUCGCUCGUCCAAAGGGAUGUUGCUGAGCAAGUGCCUGGGGAUGAGACCCAGGAUAAGGCAACCCAUGUGCCAGACAAGACCUUUCAUAUUUUAAAUGAAAUUGUUGUUGAUCGGGGGCCGAAUCCCACUAUGUCCUCCCUGGAAAUCUUCGGUGACGAUGAGUAUUUCACGUCAAUCCAGGCCGAUGGUGUUUGUGUCGCAACCCCAACUGGAUCGACUGCCUACAACCUGGCUGCAGGGGGAUCUCUCUGCCACCCUGAAAACCCUGUGAUUCUCUUGACGGCAAUUUGCGCCCAUACUCUCAAUUUUCGUCCGGUUAUCCUGCCGGACACGAUUGUUUUAAGGAUUGGAGUGGCAUAUGAUGCUCGCACCAGUUCAUGGGCAAGCUUUGAUGGACGCGAGCGUAUGGAACUCCUGCCAGGAGACUACGUGACGGUAUCAGCUUCGAGAUUUCCAUUUGCAAAUGUAAUGACAUCGAAUAACCGAAGUGGGGACUGGAUCGAGAGCAUCUCAAGAACGUUGAAUUGGAAUACGCGAGAAAAGCAGAAGCCAACACGCCACGAGAAUUAUUGCGAUUCCCCUAGCAAAUGA